AUGGCUGCGAUUACUUCUAUCCACGCUCGCGAAAUUCUUGACUCCCGUGGCAAUCCCACGGUCGAGGUUGACCUCAGCACCGCCGACGGUGUCUUCAGGGCCGCGUGCCCCUCCGGCGCUUCAACUGGUAUUUACGAGGCCCUGGAGUUGCGUGAUGGCGACAAAUCGCGCUACCUUGGCAAGGGUGUGUUGAAGGCCGUCAACAACGUCAACACCACCAUCGCGGCUGGUGUGAAGGGCCACGAUGUCCGUGACCAGAAGGGCCUGGACGACCUUAUGGUCAAGAAGUUGGACGGCAGCAUGAACGAGUGGGGACACUGCAAGUCUAACCUCGGAGCCAACGCUAUCUUGGUCGUUUCCAUGGCCGCUGCCCGCGCCGCCGCCGAGAGCAAGAAGGUACCCCUUUACCAGCACCUCGCUGAGCUCGCCGGCAAGCCCACCGACAACUACGUCCUCCCCGUUCCCUGCCUUAACGUCAUCAACGGUGGCUCCCACGCCGGCAACAGCCUGGCCAUGCAGGAGUUCAUGAUCCUCCCCGUCGGUGCCCCUUCCUUCAGGGAGGCCAUCCGCAUGGGUUGCGAAGUCUACCACAACUUGAAGAAGGUCAUCAACGCCAAGUACGGCCAGGAUGCGACCAACGUGGGUGACGAGGGUGGUUUCGCCCCUAACAUCAAGUCCGCCGAGGAGGCCCUCGACCUGUUGGUUGAGUCCAUCAAGAAGGCCGGCUUUGAUGGCCAGGUCAAGAUUGCCAUGGAUGUCGCUGCUUCCGAGUUCUACGUCAAGGAAUCUGGCUCCUACAACUUGGGUUUCAAGUGCGAGCAGCCUUGCUUGAAGUCUGGCCCCGAAAUGGUCGCCUACUACAAGGAGCUUUGCCAGAAGUACCCCAUUGUCUCCAUUGAGGACCCCUUCGACCAGGACGACUGGGAGUCUUACAAGAUGUUGACGGCCGAGAUCGGCUCUGCUGUGCAGAUUGUUGGUGACGACUUGCUUGUCACCAACCCCAAGCGUAUCGAGACCGCCCUCGCCAAGCAGGCUUGCAACGCUCUUUUGUUGAAGGUGAACCAGAUCGGAUCUGUCACCGAGGCCAUCGACGCCUGCCUUUUGAGUCACGCCAACCGCUGGGGUGUGAUGGUUUCCCACAGGUCCGGCGAGACUGAGGACACCUUCAUUGCCGACCUUGUCGUCGCCCUCGGCACUGGCCAGAUCAAAACUGGUGCCCCAUGCCGCAGCGAGCGCAACGCCAAGUACAACCAGUUGAUCCGCAUUGAGGAGCAGCUUGGUUCCCGUGCCCGCUAUGCUGGCGCUGCUUUCCGCACCUGCGGAAACUAA